GCUUAGUAUGUUUUUAAAGUACAUAGUAAAUAUUUAAUAUGAAGAAAAGCAUAAAUUAGGAUAAAAAUCUUAUUUCGAUAUUAUAUACAAAUACAAUACACUAAAGUCUGUGAUAAAAAAAAUUAAUUAAUAAAAAUCACAGUUAUCACCUAUCAAUUUAUACUAUGAGCAAAAUUAAAAUGGAAGAAUUAAUUUUUAUAAUUAUAAGUACAUUACUUUUAAGUCAAAUAGGGAGUUGUGAGCUUCAAGGUCCUGAUAAAUUAGAAAACAAAGAUAAUGCAGAAAAACCUCCUCUUCGAAACAAUGAUCGGAAAUCUUCUGAGCUUCAUGAAAAAAUUAAUACACCGUCCUUAACUUCUGAAAGUAAAGAGCUAAAUUACCAAACGAGGGGUAUGGCAAUUCAAAAACUUUCUGAGAACAUAGAAAAAAUAGAAGAGCAACGCAAGUUAAAGGAACUAGUUACAGAUCAACAUGUAGAUGAGAUUGAAGCUUCAAAGCUUUAUGAACAAGCAAUCAGCAUUUUUAAUAAGACAAGCGCUGAUAAGUCUGUUGGAUAUUUGAUUUUGAAUAAGGCAGCAAAUUUAGGUCAUUCUCUUGCAAAAGCAGAACUAGCUUGGGCUCAUCUUCUUGGACAUUUCGUUGAAUUGGAUAUUGAAUAUGCUAGAAGUACUUUUGAAGAACUUGCUCAGAAAGGGAUACCUGAGGCGCACAUGGGAUUAGGGUUUAUGUAUUCUAUUGGAAUUGGGUAUAACGUUAGUCAGUCUAAAGCUUUAGUCCAUUAUUAUAUCGCUGCAAUGGGUGACAAUACAUUUGCCCAAAUGGCUUUAGGUUACAGAUUUUCAUUUGGUAUUAACGUGCCUAGCAGCUGCGAGAAAGCUUUGGAAUAUUACAGGAGAGUGGCAAAAAAAGUUUCUGAUAAAAUCACAUUUGCUAGUGGUCCAGCAAUUCAUCGUGUGCGUCUGCUCGAUGAAAUUGAGAAUCCAGGUGGACAUGAAAAUGAUUUAGUGGAAUAUUACCAACUUCUAGCUGAUAAGGGAGAUGUUCAAGCUCAAAUCGCUUUGGGACAAUUAUACUAUCAAGGCGGACGUUCAACUCCCCAAAAUCAUGAGAAGGCACAUGAUUAUUUUACACAAGCUGCAAAUGCCGGUAAUGCGAUUGGAUACGCUUUCUUAGGUAAAAUGUAUUUAGAAGGAAGCGAAUACUUCAAAGCUGAUAAUGAUGCUGCAUUCAAGCUUUUUAAAAAAGCUGCAGAAUUAGGAAACCCUAUAGGUCAAAGUGGACUUGGAUUAAUGUAUCUUCUUGGAAGAGGUGUUGAGAAAGAUACAACAAAGGCUUUAAAUUAUUUUACACAAGCUGCUGAUCAAGGUUGGGUUGAUGGCCAGUUGCAGCUAGGAAAUAUGUAUUUCACUGGAAACGGUGUCAAGGUAGAUUUCAAAUUGGCAAUAAAAUAUUUCAACUCAGCCUCCCAGUCAGGACAUGUUUUAGCCUAUUACAAUUUAGGAACUAUGCAUGCCUUGGGAUUGGGUAUGAUGAGGCAAUGUCCAGUCGCGGUGGAGUUUUUCAAAAAUGUUGCUGAAAGAGGUCGUUGGAGCGAAAAAGUUAUGAAUGCUUAUCAAGAUUUUAAGUCGUACCAUAUAGAUGAAUCUUUCAUGCAGUAUGCACUUCUUGCUGAAAUGGGAUAUGAGGUUGGCCAAACUAAUGCAGCGUUCUUAUUAGAUCGCGGAGAUGUUCAGUUAUUUAAAGAUCGAUCUGGGGAUUUAGUGCGUGCUUUUAAUUACUGGAAACGUGCCGCCUCUCAGGGAUACUCUGCCGCACAAGUUAAAUUAGGAGAUUAUUAUUAUUAUGGCUUAGGAACAUUUAGAGAUUAUGAAACUGCCGCAUCCCUCUACAGAAAAGCUUCUGAUCAACAGUAUAACGCACAAGCUAUGUUCAAUUUGGGUUACAUGCAUGAACAAGGGCUUGGAAUGAAAAAAGAUUGGCAUUUGGCUAAACGACUUUAUGAUUUAGCAGCAGAAACUAAUGCAGAUGCUAAAAUCCCAGUAGCCCUGGCACUACUAAAAUUACAAGUUCUUAUAAAAUUGGAAACAGUUAAAGAAUCUCCUUUCAGAUUCGUGCUUCAUUUAGAUGAAAACAUUGCGGCAAAUUGGGAUUUGUAUUUGAUAACAAUAUUAACACUACUUCUUGGUUUUGUAAUUUAUAAUAGAAGACCGCCGCAAAUUCAAGACAAUAUUGGUGCUCAGCAACCGCCAAGACAAAAUAAUAAUGAUGCUCCACAACAAAAUAAUGAAAACUAAAUAAUUAAUUUAUUUCAAUUCCUUUUGUUAUAGUAUAUAUUGUAUAUUUUAUAAAUUAAAACUGAAAGCUAGUAAUAUUUUUA